AUGGAGGAUGUGAAGAAGUAUACUGUUAUCUCGACAAUAUUGAGUCAAGCUAGUAUUUUCUAUGGGCUAAUAAGAUUUUCUCCUCCUUUUUGUUUCCCUUCAUCUUCUUGGGGGAAAUUGGAGUUUAAUGGGGGAAAGCAAGACACCAACCACGACAGAGACGAGACUACAGUCAGAGAAGAAGAGAAUCUCCGCAAUCAAUCAAUGGCAUCAUCUACUCGCAUUUUCGGUAACUGCUGUCGAGCUCUUAUGGCUGCUGCUAAGACUUCCACAGCAACCACAACAACAACAGCAACAGUGACGAAAAGGAGAGGUCGUCCAAAUGGAAUAGUGAAGCCACAAGCAGUUUCCCCAGCUUUAGCUAACUUCUUAGGUACUAAUGAAGCUUCCCGUACUCAUGCUGUUAAGAAAGUUUGGGAAUAUAUUAAAUCCCAUAAUCUUCAGAAUCCUGCAAACAAGAGAGAGAUACAUUGUGAUGACAAGUUGAAGACGAUAUUUGAUGGCAAGGACAAGGUUGGUUUUCUAGAGAUUGCGAGGCUAUUAACCCAGCAUUUUCAGAAGGCUGCUUAAGUUCUGGUCAGGGGCAACUCUUGUAAAGAUUAGGCAUCUUCCAGAUACUGGACUUCGUUCUUUACCUAUCUGACUAGCCUUUUUUGCUUUUAAGAUAGAGUAGCUGGCUAGCUUCUUUCUGUCUCGAGUAGCUCUUCCGUUUGCCUCCACCUGGUUUGAAUUAUCAAGUGGGUAGAUCCAGAUGCUCUUUAAAUCAGGUGUUUCGAAGAUGAAACGAAAAGGCAACAGGGUAAUGGUAAACUACCACCAUCAGUGUUCUUCCACCCCAAAUCUCCCUCCUUGUACCUUUCACAAUUUGAAGUUAAGAAUGGUAUGAGGAUAAGAUACUUUUGGAACACAAAUUGAACUAUAAAAUUCUUAUUGCGGUUAGUUCUCUUUCAUUUGCUGAUAAA